CGCGACGAGCUGCCUGCCGUGGUGCUGCUCGUCGUCCUGUACAUGCUGCAAGGCGUGCCGCUGGGCCUUUCCAUGGGAAGCAUGCCUUUCCUGAUGCAAGCCAAGAUGAGCUACACCAAGAUCGGCAUCUUCUCCCUGGCCUCCUACCCCUACAGGCAAGACGCCUUGCCUUUCAAGCUGCUGUGGAGCCCCAUUGUGGACUCCCUCUACUGGCCCGCCGUCGGGCGCCGCCGCUCCUGGAUCCUGCCCCUGCAGACCGCCAGCGCGGCCCUCAUGCUGCUGUGCGGCGGCUGGGUGGAGGCUCAGCUGGAUGCGGGCAACGCGGCGGGCGUCACGAGCCUCUUCUUCCUGCUCGUCCUGCUGGCCGCCACCCAGGACGUGGCCGUGGACGGCUGGGCGCUGACGCUGCUCAGCAAGCAGCACGUCGGCUACGCCGCCACGUGUCAGACGGUGGGCAUGAACAUCGGCUACUUUGCUUCCUUCACAGUCUUCCUCGCACUCAACGACCCCUCCUUCUCUAACAAGUGGCUGCCCGCAGCCUCGGCACCCGGCCAAGGCGCCCUGUCGCUGUCUGGCUACAUGCGGUUCUGGGGCUGGGCUUACCUGGCAAUCACCGCGGCAGUGGCGCUGCUC